CGGGCCGAGAUCCGCGCCGCCGCCCCCGGCAGGUACCGCUACUACCAGAACGUCUGCACCCAGAGCUACUCCUUCGCCUGGUGGGACUGGGCGCGCUGGGAGCGGGAGAUCGACUGGAUGGCGCUGAGCGGCAUUAACCUGGCACCGGCGUUCGCGGGGCAAGAGGCGGUCUGGCAGCGGGUUUACCGCAACCUGGGGCUGAACCAGUCGGAGAUCGACAAGUACUUUACGGGCCCCGCGUUCCUGGCCUGGAACAGGAUGGGCAACCUCCGCCGCUGGGCCGGGCCGCUGCCGCCCACCUGGCACCUCAAGCAGCUCUACCUGCAGUACCGGAUCGUGGAGCGGAUGCGCUCGCUGGGGAUGACCACGGUGCUGCCGGCCUUCGCGGGCCACGUGCCGCAGGGGAUCCUUCGGGUCUUCCCACGUGUGAAUGCCACUCGCCUGGGGCGCUGGAGCCACUUUGACUGCACCUACUCAUGCAUCUACCUGCUGGACCCAGAGGACCCCAUGUUCCAGGUGAUCGGGACCCUCUUCCUGAAGGAGUUGAUCAAGGAGUUUGGCACAGACCACGUCUAUAGCGCAGACACCUUCAACGAGAUGACCCCGCUGUCCUCUGACCCUGCCUAUCUGUCGAGAGUCAGCAAUGCUGUUUUCAGUUCGAUGACGGGAGCUGACCCCAAGGCUCUGUGGCUGAUGCAGGGCUGGCUCUUCCAGCACCAGCCUGACUUCUGGCAGCCAGCACAGGUGCGAGCCCUGCUGCAUGGAGUGCCCCUCGGCAGGAUGAUUGUUCUCGACCUCUUCGCUGAGUCCAAGCCCGUUUACCAGUGGACAGAGUCCUUCUAUGGGCAGCCCUUCAUCUGGUGCAUGUUGCACAACUUUGGGGGCAACCACGGCCUCUUUGGCACCGUGGAGGCCAUCAACCACGGCCCCUUCGCCGCUCGGCGCUUCCCCAACUCCACCAUGGUGGGCACGGGGCUGGUGCCCGAGGGCAUUGAGCAGAACGACAUGGUGUACGAGCUGAUGAACGAGCUGGGCUGGCGUCAGGAGCCCCUCGACCUGCCCAGCUGGGUGACCCGCUACGCCGAGCGCCGCUACGGCGCCCCAAACACUGCCGCAGCCGGCGCCUGGCGCCUGCUCCUCCGCAGCGUGUAUAACUGCACCGGUGUGUGCGUCAACCACAACCGCAGCCCCUUGGUGCGCCGGCCCUCGCUGCACAUGGACACGGAGCUCUGGUACAACGCCAGCGAUGUGUACGAAGCCUGGCGCCUGCUGCUGAGCGCCGGUGCCGAGCUGGGCUCCAGCCCCACCUUCCUGUACGACCUGGUGGACGUGACGCGGCAGGCGGCCCAGCAGCUGGUCAGCGACUACUACCUGAGCAUCCGCCAGGCCUUCCAGAGCCACGCGCUGCCCGAGCUGCUGACGGCCGGUGGCGUGCUGGUGUACGACCUGCUGCCAGAGCUGGACAGCCUCCUGUCCAGCCACAGCCUCUUCCUCCUCGGCCGCUGGCUGGAGAGUGCCCGUGCCAUGGCCACCAGUGACCGGGAGGCUGAGCAGUAUGAGCUGAAUGCCCGCAACCAGGUGACGCUCUGGGGGCCCAGCGGGAACAUUCUGGACUACGCCAACAAGCAGCUGGGGGGGCUGGUGCUGGACUAUUACACUGUGCGCUGGAGCCUCUUCGUCUCUGUGCUGGUGGAGAGCCUCAACUCAGGCCGCCCCUUCCACCAGGAUCAAUUCAACAAGGCUGUCUUCCAAGUGGAGAGAGGCUUCAUCUACAACAAGAAGCGCUACCCAGCUGUGCCAGCUGGGGAUACGAUGGAGAUCUCCAGGAAGCUGUUCCUCAAAUACUACCCCAGCGCCCUGCGGCGCAGCUUGGCUGGGCCUGCGUGACUUUGGAGCCUCCCCCAGAGAGGGUGGACAGAGCCCCUGCACCCUCCCCACUCUGGGCUCCUGGCCUGAUGGCUGUGUCCUGGCUGUACUGGAAGAGGGGCACAGAGCCCUGGUGGCCCUCAGCCAGCCUGGAUAGACCCCUUCACCUGCAUGGGCAGGAUGUGCCCCAAGAAGGGCUGGCACAUGGACAAGGGGCUGGCAGGUGGAUGGGGGGACAGGCUGUGCCCCGGAGUCCCAUCUCACACCAUGCUUUGUGCCCAGCUCUGCCUGGCUGCCCUGAGCCUGCUCCCAGGAAAGCUGGGCUGCCCCAGUGCUCUCAGCUGGAAGCUUAGUGGGACACUGCAGAGGGACAGGACAGAUGUGUCCCUGCUGUGGGGCCUUGGCUGGCUAGCAGGGGCAGUGAUGGGGGAGAAGCAGACAGGGAGGUGGCAGUGGGCAAUGGGCAGCAUUGGACCCCAGUGCCUGUGGGGACAUGGCACUGCAUGGCCCUGCCCACAUUUGGUGCCUUUUGUGUCAUGAAGGACUUUGCAGCAUUGCCUGCAGUGUUGCUGGGGCUGCGUUCCCCAGGAUGGAGUUUUUGAGGCCUUUUCCACAGCUGGGGCUUGGGCAGAGCCCAGCCAUGGAGCAAAUACAGACUUUUCUCCCA